UGACUCGCGUCUAGACAUUAUGGCGGCAUUGGACGAGCCACUUCCCUUCGAGGAGUUCCCUAACUACCUGAAGACUCAUAAGCUCGUCGACAAGUACGACUCAUCAGAGGAGCCAAAGUCGCCUCAUCCGUGGUGGGAGCUAGAUAAGAGAGGGAUCGAUGCGGAACUAAAAGAAUUCGCUCAAUUGGUCAUCGACGCCCUAAAGGGUCUGCCAGAUAAUGACAAAGAGCUUCAGCAUCUCCUUCGAGCAGCCAGUGCCCUCUCCCAGGUUGAACGCAGCCCAGCCAUCAAAGUCGCGCUCAUCGGUGCUCAAGGUGCAGGGAAGAGCUUGCUCACCAACGCUCUAUUUGAUUGUGAUGGCCUUUCGAUCACGGGCGCUGAUGGACAGGCAUGCACCAGCGCCAUCACGCGUUAUGCCCACUAUCCCGGUGAGAACGAUCAGGACGGGGAGAGGUACUUCUUCGCAGAAGUGAGGUUCUUCAACGCUGAAAAAAUGGAGACAAUGAUAAACGAGCAUGCGCGCUCUUAUUAUUACUAUCAGAACGACGACGACUCGGACGACGAAGAUGAACCCCGAGUCAAAUCCCGGCGACAAGACGAGCAAGAUAGGCGCGCCAAGGACACCGCAGAAGACGUAUUCAAUACACUUUUCGGUUCUCGGGAGAAGUUCUUGGAGUGUUGGAGUCCCAGCGCAUACAAAAGUGGCGAGUUUUCCGGGAUUUGUCAACAUAAGUGCGACGAAGCGAUUGCGAAGCUCAAUUUGAACUCCCAGCGCGUUGCGACCUAUAUGGGUAACGAUCAGGGAAAAUUGCUCGAGAGGAUCAAGCCGUUCUUGACCAAAGUCAAGGGAGAAGUUUGCCUAUGGCCUUUGGUCGACAGCGUCACCGUCAGAUUUAGGCAUGACCUUCUCCAGCAGGGCAUCGAGCUCAUCGACCUACCUGGCUGGGGCGACAUUAACCUCUCACGGGUUCGGCAUGCGGAGGACAUUAAAGACAGUGUGGACGUAGAGAUCCUCGUGGCCGACACUAUUCGCAUAGCAUCGGAUGACGCAGUCAUUAAUAAUGCCCGCGCGGCCAUCACACUCCGUGGUGCUGCGAAUGUAAGGUUGGUGGCCACCAAGAUCGACUCUCUCACCCCCAAUCAACUCAGUCAGUGCAGCGGCCCGCCAUAUGAUAGGAUCAAGGAAAUGAUUCAAGAGGCAGAAGAGGAAGAGAAUAGAGCAGAAGAAGAAGACGACAUCAUCGGGCGCGACACCAUCACUAAGUACAAGUCUUACCUGCAGCGAUGUCUGAAACAAAGGAAGAUUACCGACCGCGCCAACGACAUCACGCUGGAGAUUUCCACUAAAUUUCAGGGACGAUCAGCAAAUGAUCUCCCAGAUAUAUUCCAUGCCUCUGCGUCCGAUUAUAUGGAUUCAAUCAAGAAAACAAAAAUCAAGUUCGCUGACCAACCGGCUCUAUCGCCGUCGAUGACGGGCAUUCCCGCUAUCAGGCAGUUUCUGUUCUCUCUUCCGGCACAGAAAAAUCUCGACGACUACUCGACCCAUGUCAACGUCCUGGUACCCGCCUUCAUCGAGAAGGCCAAGCGAGCAACGACGGAAUCCGACCGGGAUGCCGGUUUUCGUACGCUAGCCGAUGAGUUUGAUUGCAUGCGGCAUGCUUUUUUCAAGGAUUUUCUAUCGCAGACACAGUGCGCAUUCCGAAAUAUCUCCAAGAACUGCCUCGACAAAAUGCGAGCCGACGCCAAUACGUACAAAGAGUUAGUCAACAAGAAGCUUACCAAGCACUGGUUCGCUCUCAAGGGUCCUACUUUCAACAAGAUCUUGAAAUGCAGAGGUACCGUUCCCCAAGGCGCAUCAAAGGCCAAAGGCCUAGAAAAUGGGUGCAACUGGAACAAGGAGCUUUCGGACCUCUUGGCCCCAGGAUUCCAGCGCUCGUACAUUAAGCACGUCGAGUGCAUGCAUGACAUGAAGCGCGCUCUGAGUGAAGCCCUGGACCAUACCCACUGCCGGGCGAUACGGAUGAUGGACGACUCAUCCGCGAACCUCGUUGUCGUUGAGAAGGCGAAGAAAAAGUGGAUGGACGUGCGCCCAAAGAUGCAAGCCAAGCUGAAGGUUCUCAUGGACCGGAUUGAUAGAAUCGAGAAGCGCACCCUUCUAUGGGCGAUGAUGGAAGGAGAUCGCGACAACAACCUCGUCUCCUGUAUUACCGAUGGUCACUACGACGCAGUCUUUGGCGCGGCUCCAGCACUCAAGCCGAAUCCGAAUGGCAAGAAGAACCCGGGGUAUGUCAGUCCCAAAAUCAAGUUCCAGCGGGACAUUAUGGCGAAACUUUUCCUCCUGGAUAAAGACCACUUCGUGGACCAUAUCAUCACCCACUUUCAAUCUGAGUUCGACCGGAUUAUGAACAGCGUCCUUGCAGAGCAUUUCGACGAUGUAUCCAAGCUCCUGGAAACAUUCAGUGCCACCUUGCGCGGCCAAGCUCCGGUCGACUACAUGAUUACUCAGGUUGGGGAGGAUAUUCGAUCCGAGCUUCUUCGGCUCAUUCCGACACUCGAAGACAAAAGCGCCGCGAUGAGAGAAAAGAUGCCGAAGCGCAUCAAAAUGGAGGGUGGCGCAGCGGCGCCUAUUCCUGAGGACGAUAUUGCUAUUAGUGAUAAUAUCAAUGUCGUCGAUCUCUACGAGAAAGAAAGCAAGCGGAAGCGGACCGGUGAGGGAAGCACCACCAGAGUCGUUCGCAUCAAAAAAGCGAGCGAGACUGCUGUCAAACGGCCCGGCUACCGCUGAAGGUACGAGAUUUCGGUCGAAAUACUUGAGAUCCAAUAGCUUCCCCCUCAUCCUUAACACUCCCUCCUAGCAUGCUGAUCAUUCCUUCGCGUCCACUCCGCCAUUUACAAUCUACAUAGAGCCCCCACCUAACACGGCGCGAUAUUUCCUUUGUUCUUGCGCACUCCCUCUCCUCGGUCAUUUUCUGGUUUCUGGGGCGGCAAUUAUGUACGGGUAAGCAACUUGAUCCUGCGGAGUGGCGGCGGAACGGAAAAAGCUUGAUUUCAAUUUCGGUUGGCAUAUCUCAGAAUUUACCCCUUUCGUUCUAGAUCUCCGUCCUUCAGUAGUUUAUUGCUAGUUCCAGUUUUCGUCAACUCAUUAGGCCCUGAAGCACUUCUAC